AUCCUCCCUUCGCUGCUCUGGCCACGUAUCUCUACGCAACCCUUCUUCUUUCUUCUUCCGUUUUCAAGCUUCAUAAACUACGUCUUGACCGAUAACGACAUUCUUAGCAGCAUUAGCUCUUACUUUAGACCUACGAUAACAUGUCUUCAUUCCGCGCUACUGCCGGUCCGAGCAAAACUACCUCGAGCACGAAGCCUCCUGUGUUGCGCAAACGAGACGCCAAUCGCCAGGCAAAGCUCACUACUGUCGGGAGGACACCAUCAGGAUCAAGAAACUCGACUGUGAUAACAAAAACUACUUCAGAGGCGUCAGUCAUCGAAAUCUCAUCGGACGACGAAGACACCAAGCCUCAAAUCCCUAGGAAACGCACGGGUGCUCCUAUUGCAAAGCCGCAUGCAGAUAAGGUUCAUAAGGGUAAGGACAAGCAUCUGGAAUCGGAGGCUCUGACACGCUUGAGGGUAGAAAACGAAAAAUUGAAGAGGGAAUGCCAAAUCUUGAAGGAAUUCAACGAAAAGUACUUGGAGAAGCAUGGCGUCCCCGUUUCCAGUGUAGAAGCCGAGAAAGAAGAGGCCCUUCGACGCGUGGAUGAACUGGAGAACGCUUUGAAGCGAAAAGUGGAAUCACCUGCCCCUGAUUAUACUGAAUUAGAUGAUGCCAUCUCCUGUGAUGUCUGCUCAAACAGGAUGUGGACUCCAGCGACGCUUACGGACUGCGGACAUACGUUCUGCGAAUCUUGUUUGCACGAGUGGUUCGACACGACUUACGCGCGCCACGUCGAAGUACACCCUCAAUUUCUUGAGGGUCCACAAAUUCCUCUUCAAUAUCUCCUCAACGAACACGUGCCUGCAAUUGCUGAAGCCAUCCGAACUGAGCAUGCAAGGUGGAAGAGAGACGUACCGCAGCCAGCAUAUACGUGCCCAUCAUGCAGACAGCAGGUCAAGAAGCGCCCAGUCAAGAUAUUCUUUGUAAAGGACAUUGUGCAUAAGGUGGCAAGGUUGGUGGACAGCAAUGGGAAGGAGGGGGGCCCGGGGCCCGAUGCUAGGGCGAAUCGAGAAGUAGGGAAUAUCUGGGAUGGUUUCUUCCCGAAUGAGUGAAUGCUUUUAUGACGCUAUCCCAAGAGUAUGCUUUUCGACUUUGGCGUAACUAGACGUUCUUGCUGCUUUAGAUCACUGUUUUGGGACCGAUGCUCUAUGUGUA